AUUAAAUGGAGUACAGUUCAUGAGUCUCGAAGUUUCAAGGAAGUUCCCACCGAGUUUCUGGUGGCCUCAUUAGGAUUUCUCAGCAACUAAUAAGAUCAUUUGGGACGACGCAUCACUUACUCCACAAGAAUUAAUGAACUGCGCCCACGAUAUGAGACGCCAAGUGAAGAAUUGAUAGGUUUAUGUGAGGCACCGCACGGGAUAUCAGACUGAUCGAUUCCGCCGCUGAAGAGCUACCAUCCCAAAGACAGAAACAGGGACAGCGUCAUGUUGGGAGGAGGUCUGGCUGCUAUUGGGUUGGACAGGCCGUGACAACAUCAAAACAGACACUGAUUUGACAUUCCCUUGGUGAAAAAGAUGGCACUUGGAGUUUACAUCUUUUCGGUGUGUCUGGUCAUUGCGGCAUCAUCAUGGAGCGUGUCAGCAGUAUAUGCAGAUUUCCAGGCUGAUCGGCCGAAAGUAUUGUUUGGCGACCCACUAGUCUUAACCUGUCAGAUUGACUGCAACCACGAUUUCGUGAAAGAUUUGGGUUCAAGCGGCUUCAUUUGCAAUUCAACAUACAUGUACAUUACAAAAGACAACAAGAAAGUUCCAACAACGAUUUUGAACGCCACAACUUUGCAGUUCAGGGAAGAUGUGGCAAAGGAUGCUGGAUCCAAGUCCUAUAUGUGCUAUAUUACUAACGCGAAUACUUCGAAUUCACCCAAAACGAAAUUCCUCGCCUAUUUAAGUGUGAAGGUCGGAAAACUGCAGCGAGCAGAAUACUUGCAUUGCGUGAUGCCAAACUGGGAUAGUGCGGUCUGCAGAUGGUGCGAGGAUGACUCCAAGUAUACAGGGUGGAAAUUUGAAUAUAUUGAGGGCACAUCAGGCGGAUGGAAGAGCUGUCCCAAUGAAACCAAGUGUACAUGUACUUGGCACAACAAAGAAGGCAGCAAUACGUUUAACAGAUUCGAAAUAAUGAACAUCAGCAUAUCGGCAAAAAACGACUUUGGUGAAACUCAGGAGACAUUAAUAGUCGAUUUCGCCAACAGGAGUUUAAUCCUACCUAACCCUGUAGAUGAAGUCACGAUGAGAGCCCUGGACAGUCGGUCCAUGAAAGUCACCUUCAGUGGACCCAUUUACUUGGAAGGUCUUAUUCCUCUAUUUUACAACAUAUCCCUGCAGUCGAAGUUUGAUACAGAACCAAUGAUGAAAUUUGUGAUAAACGAUACAAGGGAUGAGAAAUCGGUUGAAUUUCAUGAACUGAUACCAUAUGCAAAUUAUACUGUAAAGGUGAAAGUUCGGCCAGAAGUGGGACCAUAUUGGAGUAACUUCACAACAGGCUAUAAAAGAACACUUCCUGAUGUCCCAGCUCGCAACCCCGAAACACGUCCGAGCUCAUAUCAAAACAACCUCUGUCCUGACAAUUGCCGCUCGCUGAUUAUUUACUACAAAGAUAUCCCUGAAAAAAACACCCAUGGUGUCAUCAGUGGCAUGUUUGCGACAUUCAAGAAUGACCAAACAGGGCGCGUCAAGAGAUACGAGUAUGAGAGAGCUUGUUCAUAUGACAAAGACAGGAAAUGUGAGCUGAAUAAUGUGCCACGGACGACGGCUUUCUCUGUUGUGAUUGCUGGGACAACGUCUGUGGGGAGAGGACCACGCAUUCCUACAAGUAGGAUGACCAUUCCUAUAUAUACCUCGGGGUCCAAAGCACCAGAGAAUCUCGUUGGUGAGAUCCAAAACAAAUCUAACAACAAAGCUGUCAUAUUGUACGAAUGGAAUUACGACGGCGAGGCACCAGACGCGUUCGUACUUUACUAUAGACAUAUGCUGCAGGAUGUUACUGAGGGUGGGAUAAACUGGUUCGUUCUGAACGGGACCCAGAAUUCGGCUGAAGUAAGCAUCGAGCACAGCGGGUCAAGUUUGCAGAGUUACGAGUUCGCUGUUGCAGCAGAAAAGUCGGGAGAGAGCGCUGGCAUGUCGAAACAAUUCCUUACAUGUCUUUAUGAAGUCGACGGGGAGAAACCAGUCAUUCCGGCAUUACAGUUCGAACCACUAGCCCAAGAACAUAAUAGCUUGAAGGUUGACCUACUGCCACAGAUAUGUAAACCCGGUCACCGGCAGAUUGUGUAUAUAAUUGUCACUGUCCUUGAGGUGACGGCCAAGGGGGAAUUCAAAGAUGGAGGUGUAAAUACAACCGAGAAGAUCUCUGCCCCGCGCGUGACGUAUGAUUACAUUAUCCCAAACCUCCAGGACAGUACCUUCUACAACAUGAGUCUGACGGCCGUCUGCCGAGAUGGUUCUUAUUGCCAGCAUACGCCCGGAGUCAAACUGGAAACGAAACCUCCACGGCCUUUUGUAUUUCCUCUUUGGGCAAUUGGCAUCAUCUUCGUCAUUUUGUUACUGUUGUUCCUGUUGAUCUUUGGACUGUAUCGGUAUUACAAGAGAGUAACUUCUAAGAAUAAACAGCUAAAGAUUCUGAGAACCCCAGCCGUCAAACAGGCACAGUAUCUGGAAGAAAAUGGUAUGUCUGACGAAUAUUUUGACAUGACUCGGGAUGAUAAGCCCCAUUGUGAGCGUUCAGAAUCGGAGAGCAGCAGCAACGAUGGUGACCAUAGCAGCAGAGAACUCAACCGAUUGAUACCAAAUGGAAAACCGAGGGCGAUCGUACAUCCGCGACGCUUGAUGAGCCACGAGAGUGGAGGGUCUGGCCAGUCUGGCAUGACCGAUGUCACGUACCUACCUAGCGAGUCCGACUCUGAUGAAAUCUACUUGGGUGGAUCUCCACGCUCUUUGAAUCCGAUCUCUCACCCACCUGAUCUGCAGCCCGUCUCGGAAGCUGAUGAGGAUGGAAAGAGAGGGAACUAUCCGGAUAAUCAUUAUUCUACCAUAAACAAUGAUCCAAAUGGGGAAGUCUUUGUUGAUAUCACAGAUGGACGGGGACGUUAUGUCGUAAACAAUCAGCGGCCGGGGCCGAGGGUUUACUCCCGCCCUCAAACUGCACCGGCCCAUAUUCUACCCAGGCCAGAACCAAGGCCUAACUGGGAAGUGAGGCCGGAACCCCAAACACGUGCCGUUAAGUUUAAAGGUGCAGAUAAGUGUGACUUCAAGAAAAGUGCUUCACCAGCGAGUGAUAUAGAUGGAGCCACUGGUGGAGAAUCUGAUGAGGAUUAUUGUAAACUAACGACGAAUGAGCCGCGUGUUUCCUCCGGUCCUGGGGAAACAGACUCCGAGGGGUAUCUUGUGCCGAACAUUGUUGGUGAGCUCGAUGACGAGGGUUACUUUAAACCCAAGUCAUCUUCGGGGGAAUCUGCGGACGAACAGGACAAGAAAUCUGCCUUGCCGCCAAUAUUCGUACUCCCUGAUCAUGAUUUUGGACCCUCGUCUUCGUCAUCGGAUGAUUCAGAUGACGAAGAUUCCUACGCGAAAGUUUCACAUCAUGAACCAGUUCUCGGCCCUGGGGGCUAUGUGCAAAGAUUUGACCCGUCACCGCGGAGCACACCAACGCGGACAUUAACACCAAUUGAGCAAGGACCUGGCGGAUAUUGCACAAUCAGUCCAAGUGUUAGCCCGCAAAGAUCCAAUGAAAAUAUAUCAGGUAGUCCAGAGCUCCCUAUUUUAAAUCUGCGCCCGAAUAAUGCAAAUGACAAUGGCUUUGGCCCUCUUCCACAAUUCACUCGACCAGGAGGUCCAAACCCAACCGCAGUGGCAGUGUGUCCGCCCGUCUAUGUACAAGCACCUGAUUCACCACCUCGGCCGGUUGUGAAUCAUGAAAAUACAAACGGGGUUGGUAAUUUCGGGUUGACAAAUCCGCAGGUGCCUCCUGUCACUGUGAAUGGGUACGUUCAGCAUCCCGACCCUGUUGUGUUGGGUCAGGAGCCGGUGAACUUCCCGCGGCGUCCUAACGGUUGUUUGGGUAUUCCUGGUGAAUACGACAGUGAGGACGACUCGAGUGCGACGUUAUCAGACUCUGGGCAUCACUCUGGUGGGGGAUUCCCGUCAUCUCUUCAGGGCAUGCAAAUGAAUGGCGGAUACGUGCAGAGGCCCGAACAGUUCCAGAAUCCAGCGGUGCCAUCUGCACAAGACGUUUCAAAUCCAGGUUACAUAAAAAAUGCCGACUCAUCAUAUGUUCCAAAUCAAUCUGAAUCAACAAAUCCAAACACAGUGCAUUCCAGGCCAAACUGUAACGGUGGACUACCGAAUCACAAAACUCAAAAUGGCUACGUUACCAAUUGUUCAGAACCUCCGGCACUUAUCCCUGUGCCGGCGCAUUCAUUCAACACAAAUAAUUCAAAUUCAAAUGUUUCAGACUAUGUGCAAUCAGUACCAGCCGAUGAGCCUGGCAGCGCCGAGGUUGGCAAAUGUAACAGUGAUUCUCCAUCUUGCGCUACCUUGCCUUUGACACUUGACAGUGAACUCAGCAGACCGAAUUCUCCUGAUAUUCAGGAUCCAGUAAAAAGUCCUCCACCGUCAUCUUCGGACCAAUCCACGAAGAUAACUCCUCAAAAUUUGCCGUCGAGUCCGCAAACGAAUGGGUACAUGGAUAGUUCAGUGCUUGUGGGUACUUCAGAGCCACCUAGUGGAGACCUUGAAACCAACCCGGAGGAUGUACACUGUAUUGUUGACGAUUCUUGCGAUUCUUGUGACGAUGAAGAAGAAAAGAAUGUUGUUAAUUCGGCAGGUUAUGUUACAAAUAAUGCCAUGCAUGCCGGUGUCUGCUGAGUUGGUUCAGCUGCGAAGUAAACGGUCGCAAAUUUUCCUGGUUUUACAGUACCAAUGUUUUAUUUUGCAGCCUUUUGUUUCUUAUAAUGACAAACCUGAUGGAAUCAAAACUAACAAUAAUGGUCUGGUUGUUAUAUAGUACUCCUCAAGAGCUAUAUCAGACACAUUUUUCAAAUGCUUUUCAUGGUUAUGCAUAGAAGUGUAGAAAUUUUGUGUCGUCCAGGAUUCACCUUUUGAGAACGACCCUAGUUGUCAGUGAAUAUCGUUAUUGUUCAUUUGUCUCAGAAAUGGGAAUGAUUUUUGUCUAUAAUGCGAUGUCACAUAUCCAGAAUUCAAGGUGAUUUUGAAGACGCAAUUUUAAAGAUUUUAUUUCAGGUAUAUACUAGUAUUCAAGCGUUUGUAUAUAUAUAUUGUAAACCGUGAAGUUUUCGUGAGCGUUUUAUUUUGGCAAACGCAUUGUACGUCUAGUGCAAACCUAAAAAGUGCUAAAAUUUCAUCUCUAAUACACUAACCAUUAGAUUUUGUCAGCUACCGAUUUUGCCAAUUUUUAGUUUUGCGAACAUUUCAAUGUUUACAGUAAAAUGUUUUUUGGGCAUUUCAAGAACUGUUCCAACCCUGGAGAAUUACAAUUCUGAACUGUGGGCAUUGCGCCUCAAAAUUCAUUAAUAGAUGUCUCGGAACCUGGAUUUGGCAAAUAAUUCCCGUAGUUCUGGAUUUUGAUUCUCGGGGUUGGCUAAGCUUGGUGUAUGUUAGGUUUCUGCAUGAACAGAAACAUAUGAAUGUAUUAAUGAUCGAGAUGAUACAAAUACUUGAUUUAUGGCAGCAUAUGAGCAGUUGAAGUAGGUAGAUAUAUUAGAAAUAUGAAUUUGUUUUAUGAUAUGAUAAUGUAGUAGCCCACACUUUAACAUGUUUAAUUCAGAUAGGCUAGCUAGUUUUGUCAGACGCACUCAGAAGGCUUCAAGACGCACCAGUACAUGAUUAUUGUUAACUAAAUUUGAUUCUAAGCUGGGAAAAGAAUAGCACUGUGCCAAG